AUGAAGUGGUUGGGCGGUGGAGAGGGAGAUGCGAUAAUAAAAGCCGAGAUGGAUAGGGGUCCGCAUCGUACGCAAGAUGAUGCUGCUGUCGGUUAUAUUUAUCAAAGGGGACCCGAUCCGGAGUUUCCUCCCUUUGGGCCGAAGCAACAAAGAUGGGCCGGCGACGAGGGCAUCAUCGACAACCACGACCAGAAGUGGAAAUACCCGACGGUGAACAGCUCCAACAAAAUCGGCACGUCGCCCGGCGGCGUUUCGUACAUCGGCGGCGCCGCGACGGCGGCCGCCGCGAUGCCCGCCCUCUACGACAUGGGCGGCCAGAGCAAGCAGCUGGCGCCCGAACAGCAAUUCGUCUACAUGCCCAAUCAAUUGGCGCACCCCCAAGCGGGCAUGACGCUGCACCAUCCCCCCUAUUUGCCCCCGCACGGUCUGGCCCAGCAGCUGCACGACCAGAUGAGGCAUCAGCAAUCGCAGACGGGGAAAAUCUUUACGGAGAUCCGGCAACACCGGCGCCGUUUCAAUCCGGCCGAGCCGGUCAACGAGACUCGCAAUGCAGCGUCGCGCAGGCGCGCCCAUCGCGAUGUUCCUUUGUUAAAGGCUCAGUCCGACGCCGAAUACCGCACCUAA